GAUUCGACGACGCUCCCUGUUUACGCUCAGUUGUCAUCAUCCGUUCAACAUCGGAUCAUCGCGAUAGUCGAUGUAGUGCAAUCGAUUCUUUUGGCUAACGAGUCUCUUGCGUUCUCAUUGAAAAAAAAAAAUCGUGCGCCAGGUGGUGCGAAAAUGCUCGUCUUCGCGCGACCCCUCAAAGUCACUCGCGUCUUGUUCUCGAUUAAGAGAAGCAACACGUUCGGAUAAUUCCAGAUUAGUAAUUACUUCUGUGGCAGGGAAGAAUUUUUGUAAUAAGGAGAAAAACGAAUUGCGAAUGAUCGAAGACUGCGCGUGAUCAAUCAUUCGAAUGGAUUGCUCGGUGAAAGAAGCUUAUGCAAUAGAACUGGCAAAGUAAUCGCACGGUUUCGUGUGUAGCUUCUUACGAAUCGUUGACAUCAUCCGAGUACAAGAACAUUCGCACUUCGCAAGAGAUUUCGACACUAACUUUGGGAUCUCGAUUUGCAUUAUUCAACACUUUCUAUAUAAUAUCUCCUUCAACGUAGUAACUCACAGUUAACAAACACUUACGAUCGGGAAUCAAGAUUAUCGACAAGAAGGAACAAUGUACCGUCGAACAGUGAGAUAUAUGAAGCCGAAAAAGAUCAUCAUUCGUCGACGCAAGAAUAAGUACUCUUUAGGUAGAAAGAUGAACAUGAUAAUUAUUACUCGUCGUCCAUUUAUGAAUAUGUCACUUUCAGUCGAGAGUGAACUAGACUUUAUGUAACAUGGCAUUUAGCAGAAGCACGUUUCCAUAAAGAAAUAUUCGGGACAUGUCAGCUCGUUAUGUUCCAUUGCAAGAAGACCUCCACGUGUCGAGGUAAUUACCAUGUUCUUGAUGCAUCAGAGAAAGGAAACGAAUAUAAGAUAGAUAAAGCGGUCUUCGAAGAAGAGUAGAGUUAAGUGAGAGAGAGCAAAGUAGGAAGAUUACAGUCCUCGAACGUCGUUAACGGAGACUAACCUUGACCCGAAAAGUAAGCGGAAUCGGAAGCGAUUCGCCGGGCGCUAGAGCAUUAGCCGCUUAAUGUCUCGUAGAGUCUCGGAUUGUCGUAAAAAGCGAUCGCGAUAGGUUCUAGGUCUUGGGUUGGGGUCUUGUCGACCGAAGACGGAUGAACUCGCGCGUUGCAGGAGCGGCGCCGUAGGCCGAUCGUAUAGGAAAGAGCGUAACGGAAAGCAAAUCCAGGGAGCGAAGAGGGGAUAGGUAGUGGUACGGGACGCUGGCGGUGACCGGUGAAGGAAGGAGAUAGAGCACCGUCGCGUCUUGUAAUGCACGAUGGUGCAUUAGCCCGGAGUCGCGAGACCAACGUGCGAUUUCUCUCGCGCUCUCGCAACCGAACUCGCACCUGCUGAACUCGGGCGUCUUCUUCGAGAGCCGUUCCUCGAAAGUCGUUGAUCGCGCCGAUGGACUUGGGCCGAUCCAUACAUUCGGAAAGAGAGACCUCGUAUAUGAUUCCACUCGUCUCCGUGUUAAAGUGAGAUUUCCUCUUUUUCUUUCACGAAAGAUAUGUCCGAAAUCACGACGACCAUCGGUGCGCCUGCAGGGCUCACGCCGGAGAAAAAGCAAGUGCCAGAUAAAUCCGACCAAGCUGUCACUUGGAAGUCUAUGAGUAUCCAACAGAAAUGGUCCUUUUUAACUAGCAAUAUCACUGUCGAGCCGAUGGUCGCGUGUUAUGUGAUUCCUAGCGUGCUCUCUGGCCUGGCUACGCAAAAUCUUAUCCUCGAAAAGGCGUGUCGAGUGAAUCUGGCUUAUCCGGAUGAAGUAUGUUCGGCUCUGUCCGCCAGAAACACCACCGGCCUCGAGGCUGAAGAGACCGCGGUUCAACAGCUGGUGGCGCGGAUGCAAACUUGGAAGACACCUCUACAAAGCGCCCUACCGACCAUUCUGAUUCUCUUUAUGGGUGCAUGGAGCGAUCGUACCGGCUUGAGAAAGCCUUGCAUGCUGCUACCGAUCAUUGGCGAGUUCUUCAGCAGCGUCACCCUUAUCGCUUGCACGUACUGGUUCCAAGAAUUGCCCAUGGAGGCGGUUGUCCUGGAGACGUUGUGGCCUGCGUUAACCGGUGGCUGGUUUACCAUGUUUAUGGGCAUCUUUAGUUACAUAGCGGAUAUCACGUCCGUAGAAUCGAGGACACUUAGGAUCGGCGCGGCCAACGUUUUCCUAUCUCUCGGGGUGCCAAUUGGCAUGGCCUUAUCGGGGAUAUUGUACACAAAGCUGGGUUUUUACGGUGUCUUUUCUAUCUCGAUGGUGUGUUACAUAAUGAGCUUUGUGUACGGAUUAGUGGUCAUUAAGGAACCGCCGAGGGUGCUUGCGGAACGUGCGCGAAAAAAGACCCUUCCAAGCAAGGGCAAACGAAUGUCGUUGUGCGCCUUUAUUCUCGACUUUUUUUCCUUGAGACAUAUAGAAGAAACGUUUCGCGUAGCGUUCAAGAAAGGGGCCAACAAUCGCCAGAAAAGGGUCAUCGUGCUCAUGGUUAUUAUUAUGGUUGUCAUCGGACCCCUUUACGGUGAAAUGGCGGUUCUCUAUCUUUACAUGCGAUAUCGAUACAAUUGGAACGAAGUGACGUUCAGCAUGUUCUCCACGUUUGGCAUGGUAACUAAUCUGAUCGGCACCGCGAUCUCCGUCGGUAUUUUCAGUCACAUCCUCAAGAUAGAUGAUGCGAUUGUGGGUAUCAUGAGCUGCAUGAGUAAAAUUUUAGCAAGUUUUGUCUACGCGUUCGCCACAAGUACUUGGAUGGUCUACGUAGCUGCUAUCGUGGAGAUUGUAAACGGUACAUCUUUUAUUGCUAUGAGAUCAAUAGCGUCCAAACUCGUACCUACAGACGAACUCGGUAAAGUCAAUUCAUUGUUUGGCGUGUGCGAGUCAUUAAUGCCGCUUGUUUACGGACCCAUGUACAGCGCCAUUUACGCUGCAACCAUGAAAACGUUUCCGGGGACUUUUUUCAUCGCCGGAGGGACCAUGACAAUGCCCGCGGUAUUUGCGUUCUUCUGGUUAUACACGGAGCAUCGAAAGGAUCGUAUGAUGAAGGAACAGAAGGAACCCGAAGCUAUGAUCAAUCAAAAGAACGAGGACACGAUAGACCACAAUUUGAAGAAUCUUCGGAUCAUAGACACACAAAAGAGUAUGCAAAAGACCGAAAUGAUGAAUGGCAUAGAUAACGCGGCCUUCGAAUCUGAGAAAUUGUGAUCUCACGAUUUACGUGAUCCUUUUUUUAAUGUGUGAAGACGUAUGAUACAUUAAUAAUACCUCAUCACAAAAAGAAAGGACUGAAAGAGCAUCUUAAGGUCAGUGCUAAUAAAGUACUGAUCGAGAAGCUAUUGAUAAAGAAAUUAACGAAUUUUAAAGGAUACCAAAGUAACUUCGAAGCAGAUACAUAUAUUAAACAAUAAAAUUCGGGGUUUUCCGGUGAAUCACAGAUUCCAGAAUCCGGUGAAUUAAAGAUUUUCCGGUGAAUCACAGAGAAAAUUGAUUUUUAAACUUUCGGGAUUUGUUAAAGAUAAACAUUCUAAAAAGAUAAACUAUUUAUCAGAGAACAUAACAAACAUAUAUUCGGAACAAAAUUUAUCAGAAUUUAUUUUUGAGCUUUUCUUAGAUCCCGGAAAAUUUCACAAAAAUAAAUUAAAAUUCGAAACUAUCGCAUCUUUCAAAUCCUAUGCAAUUGCUAAUAGUUACCUUCUUCAUAAAGCAUUAAAGUACAAUUUAAGAUGUACAUAAAAAUUUUGUUAACUUUUUUUCUAUCCAUGACUUCAUUUAUAGUAAUUUGUGGAUUUUUUCCAACAUUUUCAAAAUAUAAAGACAUUCAGAAUAAAUAAAGGAUAACUUAUGAGCUUAAUUUAACAAUAGCUAAAAUAAUAUAUAUCGAGAGUUAUUAAAAAAAGAUUAUUUUUUAAGAAAACAUAAUUAUUAAAGCAAUUAUUUUAGAAAAGACAAAGUCUCUCUUCUUAUUUUCAGAGAUUACAAGAGACAUUAGUUUACUAGUAUACAGACAUACAGUGAAGAUCCAUCUGUGGCACAUUUUUUUUUAUAGUAAAAUCUUUUCUAACAAAUAAGAUAAAUGUGAUGUAAUAUAUCUCAUAGUUUUCAAUUUUGGUAUUCGUUUAAAAGCGACCAAUUAUAUGCAACAAGGGCGUCUUUGAUAGUGUGGCGUUAAACCCGAUACUCAGAUUUUUAUUUAACGAUCUACAUAUAUUCUUUAUGCUGAAUAUAUAGAUAUACGUUACUAGUACAAACUGUACUUAAAAACACAUUAUAACGUAAAAGAUUAUAGUGUAAAAGAAGUAUACACAUCACACAAUUAAUCAUAUUAUAUAACAAGAUUAAUCAGUGUCCGACUGCACAAAUUCUUAAUAACAAGCUCGCAAAAGAAUAUAAAUAUUUUUUCUUCUAAAUGUAAAUUGUACAAAGCGCACGAUAAAGACGUGCUAAUUAAUAUAUUUCAAUUAAAAGAUUUUAUCGAAUAAAGCUUGAUCAGAGCGUAUAUCAAUAAUCUCGUUUAUAAUUAAUUUUAAGUAAAGCUUAAUACAAAUUUUAUUUGAGAUUUAAUAUACAUGUAUAUUCGCAUAUACAACAAUAUACAUUCAAAAUUGAAAAACAAA